AUGGACGCGGUGCGGAUCCGCGUGCGGACGCUGCAGCCGCUCCCUGAGGCGCAGUUUGUGGUGCCUGUGCGUGCGGGUGUAGAUACGCUGGCGGAUCUGCGUGAGCGCGUGUCGCAGGCUGUGUUGCGCAAUUUCGCGGCGCCGGGCGAGCAGGCUGUGCCUGCUUCGGCGCUGGUCGUCUGCAUGGAUGAGUUUGCAUUGCUGGAUGAGUUUGGGACAGGUGCAUUCCGUGAUAAUGAUAUGCUGACGGUAAAAUGGCCGGCUGGUCGUGCAGAGGAGGCAGCAGCGGCACGUAUCCGGACGGAGAUUGGCGUGCCGCAAACAUACCCAGGCGCCGGCGAUGCACAGCGUGCGGCUGCGAUUUUCACGGGGCCCCCUCCGUACAGGAGCUUGGAGUAUGAGGGAGAUAUGGAGGAUGACGUGGGAGAUAGCGAUUAUGUAUCUGAUACGCUGCUUAGAAGCGUAGGACCGGAUGAAGCGACAAACAAGGCGAUGCUUUUUGGCAGCGAUGCAAGUGCGGCGAGUUUGUCUGGGGACGAAGCAUGGGAGACCAACUCGGACUCGGACGUGCAGUCCAGCUCCUUAGAGCACAGCACCAUCUCGAGCUCACAGUCCAGCUCUUUAGAGCACAGCACCCUCUCGAGCUCGCAGUCCAGCUCCUUAGAGCACAGCACCAUCUCGAGCUCACAGUCCAGCUCUUUAGAGCACAGCACCCUCUCGAGCUCGCAGUCCAGCACAUCGGCUUCUCACUCCGACAGUGCAUCCAGCGACAUGGACACAAACACCACCACCGAUUCAGACACCUCCGCGCCAAGCAUAGCGCCCACAAAUUACGUUCCUCCCGGCAUGGGCAAAGCACGUACGCGGCGCAAGAACCAAAAACGUCGCGCACGACGACAAGCACAGGAAGAAGCACAGUUCUUAGUCGAUGCAGCGCCUCGCAUGGUCGGUGUCGAGCAAUGGGCACAUCCCGCAUCGCAGUCCACGCUCCUUCCGCCAGGCGGCGGCGCGCUCGAUAUUCUGCCUACACCGCACGCCGAGCCACACAAUGCAGCACUGGAAUCUACCGCUGCCAACAUGCUAGCACACACAACAGUCGGCUACCGCAAACGCAAGCAACGCGCAGAGAACACCACGUCGCACAAUGCACUGUAUAUCGACCGACCUAGACGCGUGCCGCCGCCUUCGAUGCGCGAUCCAAGCGAGCUGCCAGAAGAGCUCACUUUUAGCAGCACAGACUGCAAUGUAUAUUACGAUGAUCCUUGGGGAUUAUCAAUUGGCUAUGACGCAGAAAAUGACGCUACACAAUCCUACCUGGAGACGCAACGACAGGUACGGUUUGCCCUCGAGCAAGAAAAAUACGCCGAAGCAGCUGGCACCGCAGCCGCGCUUGCCGAGCCGACGCCAGACGAAGCACUCCGGGCCGCGCUACCUGCGGCAUUCGGCCGUGGCAACGAAGCGCCGCAACUCGACAUGCACCAAGACGACGCGAUGCGCCAACGUCUGCGCACACUCCGUGCCCAUGUAUUCCGUACGUAG